AAAACCAUAAUUAUUGUGACGUGACAGAGUUGGCAUCCAACAUCAAUACAAGCAGAGAGGCAGUGGAUGGUCAACUGGAAACAUUUAUAGAGAUGAAGAACAAUAAAGAUGUGAUUUUCUAGAGAAAGCAUUCCAUUACAGAAACAAAAUGAAUUUGGACAUUAUUAUGAAAAGACGGACCCGCAAGCUCCGGCUAUGCGUUUUAGCGUCGGGACUUCUCAGCUGCUAUUUAGGCAGCUUAUUGGUGUUCAACAGAGAAGCCAUCUUUAAUAUAGCUCACACAAAUAAUUAUCUUGUGGAAGGGAUAGAACUUUCUAUUUCUGGACACAGAAGGCUACUGUCCACUAAUACGACUAGUAGCUCUUCAGAGGAGGCCCUUUACCCUGACGAUGCCUUCACGGAAGAGCAGCUAAAGCAUGGAGCUGUGAUUUUACAUGUGCUAGGGAUGAUCUACAUGUUUAUAGCAUUGGCUAUUGUCUGUGAUGAAUUCUUUGUGCCCUCAUUAGGAGUAAUUAUCAAGAGAUUCGGGAUUUCAGAAGAUGUGGCUGGCGCCACCUUCAUGGCUGCCGGAGGCAGUGCCCCCGAGUUCUUCACAAGUCUAAUCGGAGUGUUUUUAGCAAAAAGUAAUGUGGGGGUAGGGACUAUUGUGGGAUCUGCUGUAUUUAAUAUUUUAUUCGUCAUCGGAAUGUGUGCUUUGGUCAGCAAGGACGUUCUUGCUCUAACAUGGUGGCCCUUAUUCAGAGAUGUGACAUUUUACAGCAUUGACCUGCUGUUGUUAAUAGUAUUUUUUAUUACUGACAAAAAAAUUUACUGGUACGAGGCACUGGUUUUGUUUUUUCUAUACAUUUGUUAUGUUGUUUUUAUGAAAUUUAACCAUAGGAUAGAGAGAUGGGUAAAAUCCAAGUUGCCCAAGACGAAAACCAAAGUGGGAAGUUCUAGUCAAAUGGUUGAGAAACCAGAACGAGUUUUAAGUGUGCCAAUCUUACAUUCCGGAGGAAACCACUUCCGGCCAGGAAUAUUGGAGCUUAUAAUUCAUCAUAUAGAUCCAAUGCAUAAAGACAGUAAACCUCAUAACAAGGCAAUGCACCUACAUGCCAUAGCAACAUUAAAGGUCAUCAUAGGAACGACCCACACAGAUGACCCAAAUGGUGUCCACGUAGACAAGGACAAUAACACCAUACAGGCCAAUGGCAAGGACCCGGGUCAGCCAGUGGCAAAUGGCCGAGCCAUAGAUCAGAACAAUCGGGCUGAAGACGGGGUUCUGCUGACCGUCGAUGGCGUCGCUAAACAAAGCUCAGACACGGCCUCAGGCUCAGAGGACAGAGCUACGGCAGAUAUACAAACACUGGAAGAAGAGGAGGAACCUUUAGAUUUAAGCUGGCCAAAGGGCUGGAGGAGUAGGAUAUCUUAUAUCCUCCUGGCCCCUCUAGUGUUCCCCCUCUGGAUUACACUGCCAGAUGUUCGGAGAGAGGAAAAGAAGAAAUGGUAUUGGUGUACUUUUUUCGGGAGCAUUGUGUGGAUUGCCAUCUUCUCCUAUCUGAUGAAUUGGUGGACCAACACUGUGGGAAAGACAAUUGGAUUAAGUGAUGUGGUGAUGGGGCUUACAAUCCUUGCAGCAGGAACUAGUAUCCCAGACUUAAUUACAAGUGUGAUUGUGGCCAAGAAAGGCUUUGGAGACAUGGCUGUCUCAAGUUCUGUUGGAAGCAAUAUCUUUGACAUCACAGUGGGCCUCCCAAUUCCUUGGUUACUCUAUGCGGCAGCCUUCCAAGAGCCAAUCAAUGUGGACAGUACGGGAAUGGUGUGUUCCAUUGUUCUCCUUUUCGUCAUGUUAAUCACCGUCAUCAUCUCAAUAGCUGCCAGUAAAUGGAGAAUGAACAAGAUCCUUGGUUUAUCCAUGCUGAUCCUAUAUGUAGUGUUUGAGGUACUAAGUGUCCUGCUGGCCCUGAAUAUUAUCAUUUGCCCAGUGGAAGUUUAA